AUGAGGUGGUCUGUGUUCUUCACAUUGAUUCUGUCCCUGCUGUUUGUGGCAGGGACAUUAGCUGCCCCAGCUCAGGGUCUGGGACGCGAGAUAAAGGCAAGACAGGAAACGGAUUCAGAUAAAGCGGCAGAGAGUACAUCCAGCGAGGCGUCGACAGCAACACAAACAGAUGCAUCAACAACUGCAUCAACAUCAACAUCAACAUCAGCAACUACCACGGCCACUGGUACAGGUACGGCUACCACGACGAACACCGCAUCAACAACUGCUUCGGCCGCUGAAGCUACCUCGACCGUCCCCUCACUCGAUGGAGCCACUGCCGCUUCCCAGCAAGAGGCGGCUGAUUCGGCGAGGCCGACAUACUCGGGCGGACUCCCUAUCAAGCCGGUAAUCACGCCAGCAUGGGGAGUUGGAGGAUUUAUACUUCUGGCUCUGGGAGUAAUCCUCGCUUUCGUUGGCGUCCGCAAACAAUGGGUCCAAAUCUUCCUCUCAACGGCGUUCCUCACUGCGUUGGGCGUCACCGUCCUCAUUGUAUACGUGAUGAGUCCAUCCGUGAGUAAUGCUGUACAGGGCGGUUAUGUCGUAGCCGUCUUCUUCACUGGUGCCGUCUUUGGUGGUCUCUCUCUCGUUUUCAAAGAGAUCUGUGAAGGAUUGGGCUGCCUCCUGGGCGGCUUCUGUCUCAGCAUGUGGUUCCUCGCCUUGAAAUCUGGUGGCCUUUUGACCGAAAAUGGUCCUAGAACCGGCAUGAUCAUCGCGUUCUCGGUUGGGUUUUAUUGCCUGUCGUUCAGCCAUUACACGCGUCCAUAUGGCCUAAUCGGAUGCUCAUCUUUCUCUGGUGCUACGGCAUUGGUUUUGGGCAUUGACUGCUUUAGCAGAGCUGGAUUGAAAGAAUUCUGGCUGUAUAUCUGGGGAUUGAACCAAAAUAUCUUCCCGCUCAAGACUGAUACUUACCCGGUCACCCGCAAUAUCCGUGUUGAGCUUGCCGUGACGAUUAUUGUCAGUGUCCUAGGUGUUAUUUCGCAGAUUAGGCUGUGGAAAGUCAUCAAGGAGCGCAGAGCUAAGGAAGAGGACGAGCGUAAAGAGCAUGAGCGGAAGAUCGAGGAAGAGGAUGCCGAAGCCGGUCGACAGUUGGAAGAGAAGAACAUCCAGGAACGUGCCGAAUGGGAAAUGACGUACGGCAAUGGCCACGACGGCAAGACCGUCUCAGUAUCCGAAACGGCUGUUGGGGAAGACUCGCGGCGCGGCUCAGAUGCUUUCACAUCUUCUAACAACGACAAGGAUGGCGGCAUUGAGCUUAAGGAGAUGCAGAGUCCCGAGGCUGGUGCCGAUAGCGAGAAGAAUGGCAAUGAAGCUCGGGAACUCGAGCCAGUGAAAGAGGAGGGUGCUCAAGAAUCGCCUGAGCAAGGAAAGCCGCAAGGGCCCGAGAAGCCCGAGGAGAGGAAUGUCGACUCCAAAGCCAGACCUGAGACGCCUGUUGUUACUCAUGUCCUCGGCGAGGACAAUGACAAUUCUUCUGAAAACGGGGCAGACAUUGGCUCGGAGGUUGGGACAUCACGCUCAAGACGCUUGUCUGGGAAAGAGCUGCUGAACAGGCUCUCCUGGCGGAACAGCACUGGCAUAAAGGUCAGUUCCCAGUCUGAGGAGGCUUUGGUUGUUCACAAUGACGACUCUUCCUCUGUGUAUGGCGUGGUGGAUGAUGUGGAUGAUCUCCAGGACAUGAGCAUGGGUUGUUCCAGUAUCGCAUCGGAUAUCCACGAGCGUGUUGAGGAGAGCCCUAUGCGAGAAACCAUUGUGUCCGAGAAUUUGCCAGAGAAGCGUACUGUUGAGGUAAAAAGCAAGUCAACUGCUGUCCACGAGAGCGCCACUCAAGAAGCUGGGUUUUCCCUGGAUACAGGCGCAACAGAGCACCAAGAUGCACAGAAUGACAUUGUCGAAGAGACUGUUUCCAGCAAGGUUGAUUCUCGGGUUUCCAAGGAAGCUGGACUCGGCGUUGUCACGGGUGCAUCAAUCCAAAACGAUGCCGGUAAAGUGAUUACCGACGAAGCCAUUGCAAGCAAAACUAUUCAGCUAGCGACUACUGCUGAAACCGUUGCUCCAACUCCCAUUGAAAGCACCAUUGCAAGCCCUCUAGACAGGACUGUAUUGUCGGUCAUGUCUGACCCACUUCAAUCGCCAGAUACGCCUGCGACGGAUGUUCAGCCCGGCAUUACAGAUGCACCAGAAACCCAGAAGGGAAAAACCGCAGCACUGGAGCGGCCAUCCCAGAAGGAUGCCAAGGUUGAAACUAUGCAAGAGACCGAGGCUCAGCCUACAGUCGACACCGCCGAAGAGCAAGUCAUUCCCCUGCACAUUCCCAAACCAAUGGAGAAGGUCAAGAAACAGAAGGUCAUCAAGAAACUGGAUGCUUCAACAGUCAAAUCGCUCCCUGAGCAAACAUCCAGAAUCAUCCAUUCUUAUCGCACAAACGAAUGGGCCAAGCAUCUGGCAGAUGCCGACACUCCUGAGAUGGAGCCCAUUAAAUUCGGCAUUGAGCCUGAAGUAGAAGGCUUUAAUGAUGUGCAUGAAACUGCCGCCUUUGUGGAUGUCGACGGUCUUCUACAGACGCCUCUUAAUGCUCAACCACCUCCAGCUGUGAACAGGACUGAAUCAUAUGAGUUUCAGCAAAGCUAUGCAAAACCCGAUCUCGCGCAACGCCUCGACUGGCUCGGUGAACAUGCUGCGAUCAACAACUGGCCAACUACCACACUCUCAAGAAGGACAGGCAGGAUUACGCAGCGCCUCGACCCCGUUCCUGACCCUCACUGCCCCCGAAACCAAGGAGGCAGAACAAUCACCAAAUGGAACGGCCCACCUCCCCUCCUCGCCGUCCGUGAGGACAUGGUCCGAAACCGCAUGUCAUCCACAUCCCUUCGCUACGAUCCUUGGGCAUCCCGAAACCAAUCCCGCCAAUCCUUCAACGACUUCUCCCCUAUCUCACCACCUCUCUCAGCCCCCGAAGAAAGGGACGAGGACAUCGAACAAGGCCCACCCCGCGACGAAGACGACAUCCCUCUAUCCAAACGACGCACCAUGCUCCAGCGCCAAACCAUGCAAUUCCCAUACGCAGCCAGCAUCCACAGCAUCGAAGCUCCAUCCCCGGUCCCAACACCCCCUCCAAGCGCAGAGCUAAACAGAUCUGCUUCGAGAAUGGCAGCAUGGCGCCAAUCAGUCCGCGAGGAAAUCAUCAACAAGCGUGAUCCCCUUGCUCUCCCUCCUCAGUCCCCACCUAAUGGUGGUGCCGUGAGCCCCGAUCGACCGCACAGCAGUCUAUGGGGCUCUGUGCAGCAGAUGCGGGAUGUCUCGUCGAACCAGCUUGACAGUGCCGUUGCCAAUGGCAUGCAGCGUGGUAGCAUGACGGAUUUGCAUCGUCAGGCUAUGCGUCGCAUGCAGGCUUCUGCGAAUAAAAAGCUGUAG